GUCAUGCAGCAUCGAGGAGAGAAUAAUAUCUCAAAUGUACAUUCUUAAAACACUAUUGGAUAAUGAGCAGUGAUCCUACUCGGAAUGUAAUGAUAGAAAUGUCUUAUCAAUAGAGGAUUAACGGAAGUGAUGUGGAUUAUUGUUAUUUAUAUAGAAAACAUGGAACAAAGAGGAUGCGGGGCAUGGCAGGAGCGUUGCCAAUGGGUCGCCUUCAUGGUUGCUUUGGUUCUCUUUUGGAGCGGAGCUUCUGCUCAGAUAAGAUACUCCAUCGCUGAAGAGCUUACGGAAGGAACUGUCGUGGGGAAUGUAGCUAAGGAUUUGGGAAUAGAUCUGAGCACCUUGAAGGAUAGGGGAUUUCGAAUCGUGUCUGGCUCGACCGAGCCCCUUUUCCAGGUAAAUCAGAAUAAUGGCAUCUUGUAUGUGAAUCGAAAAAUAGACCGAGAGGAGGUGUGCGAACGGAGCAGCGUGUGUUUGAUCAACCUGAAAACCGUUAUAGAGAACCCGCUGGAGAUCCAUUAUGUCUCGGUGGAGGUGUUAGAUGUGAACGACCAUUCUCCCAGCUUUCCCGACACAGAGAAACGAUUAGAGAUUUCAGAGUCCGUGUUACCAGGCGUGAGAUUUCAGCUACAAGCUGCACUCGAUCCAGAUAGCGGGCAAUACUCUGUUCAACAAUAUAAACUCAGUCAUAAUGAACAUUUUCGUCUGGAAGUUAAGGACCGAGGCAAGGAUGCGAAAACUCCUGUUUUGAAUCUACUGAAGCCGCUAGAUAGAGAGACUACAGGGAGCUAUAAAUUACUACUUACUGCCAUUGAUGGCGGAAAACCUCCAAGGUCUGGGACUAUAGAAAUAAUUGUGGACGUUUUAGAUGUAAAUGAUAAUAUGCCUAUUUUCACUAAAGAGUCAUACACUGUAAAACUGAACGAAAAUUCUCCAAUUGGCUCAAACGUUGUACAAGUAAAUGCUACGGAUUUAGACGAAGGUUCAAAUGGUGAGAUAGUUUACUCCUUCGGUAAUAAUGUGAAUAGGAAAUUACGUGAGCUUUUCGAUGUGAAUAUCAACACCGGUGAAAUAACUGUAAAAGGAGGGAUCGAUUUUGAGAUAGAAGACAGCUAUGACAUUGAUAUUCAGGCAUCUGAUAAGGGAUCUGCUCCUUUUAAAACGGACAAAAGUGUCAUUGUAAAUAUUGUUGACCUGAACGACAACGCACCUGAGAUAGAGGUGACAUCAUUUUCUAACGCAAUCCCCGAAGAUUCUAGACCCGGAACCACAGUCGCGCUAAUCAGUGUAAAUGACUUGGACUCUGGUCUCAAUGGAAAAGUUAUGUGUUCUAUAAGUGAGGGCGUCCCGUUCACUCUAACGCCGUCAUUACAAGAUAACAUGUACUCUGUAGUCACCAAGUCACCACUAGAUAGGGAGAAGCAGUCUGAAUAUGAUCUAACAAUAGUAGCCAAAGACGCAGGGGAACCGUCCUUGUCAUCUAUAAAGACUAUCAGCGUUGUUGUAUCAGAUGUGAAUGAUAACAGUCCAGAGUUUUCACUGAGUCCCUAUACUUUCUAUGUCACGGAGAAUAACGACCCAGGUGCCUCAAUAUUUUCCGUGAGUGCGUCAGAUCCUGACAUAAAUGAAAACGCUCUAAUUUCAUAUCAUAUUCCGAGAGACAGUGGCGAGGAGAACAAAUGGGCGUCUUUUCUAAACAUAAAUUCUGAAAAUGGGAAUAUACUGGCGCUAAAAAAAUUUGACUUUGAAACUUUAAAAACAUUCCAAUUCCAAGUUGUAGCUACAGACUCUGGAACUCCGUCACAAUGCAGCAACGUCACAGUCAACGUGUUCAUUCUGGAUCAGAACGACAACGCUCCAGUGAUCUUGUAUCCAGUCAGCGCUAACGGUUCUGCUGAAGGUAUAGAGGAGAUUCCCCGUAGUGUGAACGCAGGCCAUUUGGUGACUAAAGUGAGAACCUAUGACGCUGAUAUCGGAUAUAACGGCUGGUUAUUAUUUUCACUGCAGGAAGUUACUGACCACAGCCUCUUUGCUUUGGACCGCUAUACAGGACAGAUACGGACACUUCGAUCAUUCACAGAGACAGACGAGGCUGAGCAUAAACUGGUCAUACUGGUAAAAGACAAUGGGAACGUUUCACUGUCAGCAACAGCUACUGUGAUUAUCAAGGUUGUGGAGCCCAAAGAGGCUUUUGCAGCUUCUGAUGUUAAAAGUUCAGUAAAAGACGAAGAGGAGAACAGCGUUACAUUUUAUUUGAUCAUUACUUUGGGGUCAGUUUCAACGCUUUUUCUCAUCAGUAUCAUCGUGUUGAUUGUAAUGCAGUGCUCCAAACCCACAGACUAUUCCUCCAAGUAUUUACAAGAUGCGAAUUUCGACGGGACACUGUGCCACAGCAUCCAGUACAGAUCCGGAGACAAUCGGUACAUGUUAGUUGGACCCAGAAUGAGUAUAGGUUCUACUAUAGUCCCGGGUAGCAAUGGGAAUACUCUAGUUCUACCUGACCAUAGGAGGAGAGCUUCUGGAGAGGUAAGAAAUGGAAAAAUACCCUUCAAAUGUAUUGUGCCAAGCAUUGACCAAUGACAUUAACAUGAACAUUUCAGGCCAAUACUUAAUUGACCAAAAUGACCCUGUGAGUGUGUCAAGAAUGUUGUUUUUUAGUUAGAGGGUUGUAUGCAAUAACCUUAUCUCCCACCUGAACUCAUUCACAGCCUCUUCGGGAUGGUCGCUGUCCAUGGUAGUGGUGCUAAAACGUUGCGCAUUGUACAGUAUAUUUGCCAUAAAGCGAUGAAGUCAUAAUCUCACGUAAAGUUAACGCAUCACCCAAAAGCUUUCAUCUUACUUUGUAUGAAUCUUUCUCGAUCGUAUAUACUUGUGGACACUUGUUGCAUUCUUGAAUAAUUAUUUAUUUAUUGUAAAUACCAUUAUGAUUUGAUUUCAAGUGUAUCCAUG